AUGCUUGACAUGAGCAAGCCUGAAAAUAUUUCAUUGGAAUUUUCGAUUGAAACAAUGACAAAUUUUAUUCAAUUAUUUCUACUUGAACCCCAACAUUCUGAACAACAAGGACUGACAGACAAAAUGUUGAACAAGUUCAAGACUUCAUUGUCAUGUGACUCACUUCAAAAUAUCACGAAAUGA